AUGGCAGGUUUCGCUGCACUGUGGCGGACCAAACCCAUUUGGGUGAUCCACGCCGAAGAGAACUCGCAGGACAUUCCCCGCACGCUAAACCUCUUUGACUUGUGCUGCAUUGGCGUAGGCGCCACCAUUGGCAGCGGCAUCUUUUCCACGGCCGGGUCCAUCAUCAGCCAAACUGCUGGUCCUGCGGCUGCAGUGAGUUGGCUCAUUGGCGGCGUCAUUUGCUGCCUCAAUGCAUUGUCGUACAUGGAGCUCUCCACGCGCGUACCGUCCUCGGGCAGCACGUACGCCUAUGCUUACCACACGAUCGGUGAGCUCCCGGCUGUCGUGGCUGCGUGGCUGCUGACUCUCGAGUACGCAGUGAGUGGUGCCGGUGUGGCGCGGAGCUGGGGCGACAAAGUCGAGGAGUGGCUGGUCCUCGAGCACCCGGACCAGAGCUUCCAUUGGCUUAACCUGCAGUCGGCCAACCUCAGCGGUGGGCUCAUCCAGUUCUUGAGCAUGGUCGUGCUCUUGAUGGGCGUCCAGUUCGGCAAAGUCUUUGUGAACACGGUGACGGUCAUCAAGAUGGGUGUCGUGGCAUUCAUUGUUGUCGCUGGGAUUGCUGCCAUGGACCUGAACCACUUGUCCCCUUUCGUUCCCGUGCGCAGUGAAGUGGAUGGGACAAUGGCCUUCGGACUGCAGGGUGUUGUCACUGGCGCUUCGCAGGCGUUCUUCGGCUACGCUGGUUUCGACGAGGUCUGCUGCCUCGCUGGCGAGACAAAGGACCCCAAGAAGAUCAUGCCGACCGCCGUCAUGAUUGUCGCCAUUGGCACAAUGGUGCUCAGCGCGCUCUGCUCGCUCGUGCUGGCUGGCAUGGUGCCCUAUCUCGAAGCAGGCAGCUUUGGUGUUGGAUUCGAGGGCCAUGGCUGGAAAUGGGCUGGAACCGUCGUGCGGGCCGGUGAGAUCGUGACAAUGCCCGUGGUGGCCCUCAUUGGAUUCCUGGCUCAACCUCGUCUCAAUUACGCACUCGCGUGCGACGGGCUCUUGCCGCGUAUAUUUGCUGAAGUCGAUGCCAAGGGCAAUUUGUUCAAGAACACGCUCAUCACAGGACUUAUCUCCACAGUCAUUGCUGUCACAGUGCCGUUCAACACUUUGUGGGAGAUUGUGAAUUUCGGUGCCAUCAUGUCGUUCAUCUUCGCGAAUGUGUCGCUGAUAUUAGUGCGGAUGAAGCCCCAGUCGCCAAAGCUGUCCCCAGUGCUCGUUGCCGCGCUGGUUGUUGCCGCUGGAUGCACCGCUUUUCUGUUCCAGGAGGGCUAUCAGAACAAUGCAUCCACCGUGUGCCUCAUUCUCGCUACGAUCUCUCUUGUCGCGACCGUGGCAAUCUCCGUCGUGCUUUUCGUCAAGUGUCCACAAGCUGGCAACGCGCCGGGUCUAUACGCCGCUCCACUGGUGCCGUUUGUUCCAGCGCUUUGUAUUCUCGCCAACUGGUACAUGAUCGCGCAGAUCAGCUACGUAGCGCUCGGUUUAAGUGUGGCCUGGAUGGCGAUCGGAGCGCUUUCGUACUUUGCUUACGGCUACUUCCACGCGGAGUCGCGCAACGACUGGGGCCAGUUGAUGGGCCACAUCUUGCCCCUCUACAGCGAAAGCCUUCCAAGAUUCAGUGUUUCGGCCAAGUUUUCGGCGCAGGACCUCAAGUCCCCCGCCUUUUGA